AUGACGGCCGGUCGUGAUGAAGAAAAGUCCUCUGCUCCUCCGAGCGAGACGCCCGAUGUGAUUAUUGUGGACUGGGACGGACCCGAGGACUCCAAGAACCCAUACAACUGGUCGAGCCGCAAGAAAUGGCUCAACAUAAUGUUAGCCCUCGUGACGACCUACACGGCUCAAAUGAACGGCACAAUGAUCACCGUUGCGCACGAUGCCAUAAAUAGUGAAUUCCACGUCAGCGAUUCCAGCUUCCCAAAUUCAUACUGGCCUGUUGCUUCCUGGACGAUGGGUGGCGUCGUCUUUUCCCUCCUUAUCCUCCCCAUCAUGGAGGACUUUGGGAUCCGGCGCACAUUUUUAAUCACCCAUUUUUGUUUAAUCAUCUUCAUCAUUCCCCAGGCGCUGGCACGGAAUUUUGCCACGCUGGUUGUUGUCCGUUUUUUCGCCGGCGGCUGCGUCGCGGUACUCGGCAAUGGUUCGGCCAGCAUCAUCGGCAACAUGUUUGAGACGGAAAUGGCACGAACGAAGCCAGUCGCUAUAUGGAUUGUUGCAUAUCUUGGUGGGAGUAGUUCCGGUCCAGUGGUCGGUGCAUCGAUCUUCCAAUUCCUUUCUUGGCGAUGGAUAUCCUACUUGCAGUUGAUCUGGUGCGGAGUGCUGUGUGUGAUGAAUGUCUUGCUUUUGAAGGAAACCAGAGGAACUGUCAUCCUACAGCGCCGCGCAAGAAGCCUGCGGGCCAUGGGGAAGAAUGCAUACACGCGACAUGAACUUCAGGCGGAGCCUAUAAGUCAGGUGUUACUCACCAGUCUCCGACGGCCUCUCAAGAUGCUCUGCACCGAGUACGUUGUCUUCUUUGCCACGCUAUGGUCGGCCUUCACCGUUGGAACGCUGUACCUUUUCACACAAUCCGUCGAACAAGUUUUUGUGGAGCUCUACGACUGGACCCCGGUACAAGCAGGGUAUGUCCAGGCAGCCAUUGUGAUUGGAGAGGUUUGCGCAUGGUUAUUCUCUUCAUUCUCUGCGCGCCUGUACUUCAAUUCCGCGAAGCGGAACACAGAGAUCCCCGGGGUGCCCAUUCCCGAGGCCCGGCUCUAUCUGUCCAUCGGGGGAGGUAUAUUUGGAUUUGCAGGCGGCAUGUUCGUGUAUGGAUGGACGUCGUACCCCUCAUUACCGUGGAUUGCUCCAGCCGUGGGGCUUUGGAUGGUCGGUCUUGGUAGCAUUGUGGUUGUCAGUGGGAUCGCAGACUACGCUGUUGACGCGUACUCCAAGUACGCUGGCAGCGCGAUGGCCUGUUUCGUGGUGGGUGAAAACACCGUCUCCGCUUUUCUUCCCCUUGCCACCAGCAGUAUGUACAGAACACUCGGGUUUCAGUGGGCUAGUACGCUGUUGGCAUGUAUCAGUCUAUUGUUGACAUUGGCACCUUUGUCAUUCAUUGUCUGGGGAAGGCAGAUCAGACAGAACAGUCCAUUCAUGGCCGAGGCUAUGCUUACCAAACAAGCGGAGAUCAUGCAUGAGAUUAGCUCCGGAUCACCGAGGGAGAUUCGAGAAAGGAACCCUGACACGGAUAACAACAUGACACACGUUGUAUGA